GUGUGUGUCUUGCUGGGACACAGUGGAGGUUUCACCUCUGGUUUGCGGAGCGGUCGGGUGUAUUCUCCGCUCGCCCCCACGCCCUCGAGGCCCCCACCGCCCGACCCAACGGCGCCACCAGCCAGAGGAUCCCGCGGCGCCCUCCCGCACCGGAUCGCUCCGCGCUGGGGCGGGACCUGGCCCGACAGCUCCGAUCACUAUGAGCGAAACAUCUUUCAACCUAAUAUCAGAAAAAUGUGACAUUCUGUCAAUUCUUCGCGAUCAUCCUGAAAACAGGAUUUACCAGAGGAAAAUCCAGGAACUCAGCAAAAGGUUCGCCGCGAUCCGCAAGACCAAGGGGGAUGGGAACUGCUUCUACCGGGCCCUGGGCUAUGCCUACCUGGAAUCGCUGCUGGGGAAGAGCAGAGAGAUCCUUAAGUUCAAAGAGCGUGUACUACAGACCCCAAGCGAUCUCCUGGUUGCCGGCUUUGAGGAGCACAAGUUCCGAAACUUCUUCAAUGCUUUUUACAGCGUGGUCGAGUUGGUGGAGAAGGACGGCUCGGUGUCCAGCCUCCUGAAAGUGUUCAACGACCAGAGUGCCUCGGACCGAAUCGUGCAGUUCUUGCGCCUGCUCACGUCCGCCUUCAUCAAGAACCGCGCAGACUUCUUCAGACACUUCAUCGAUGAGGAGAUGGACAUCAAAGACUUCUGCACUCACGAAGUGGAGCCCAUGGCCAUGGAGUGUGACCACAUCCAGAUCACGGCCCUGUCCCAGGCACUGAACAUCGCCCUGCAGGUGGAGUACGUGGACGAGAUGGACACAGCCCUGAACCACCACGUGUUCCCCGAGGCUGCCAUCCCUUCCGUUUACCUGCUCUAUAAAACAUCCCACUACAACAUCCUUUAUGCAGCUGAUAAACAUUGAUUAAUUUUAGGCCACGCAGUGGAGCCUGUUACCUAACGGGACUUCAUUCUGAAUGGAACAUUCCGGCUUUUCAAUUUUUUAAGCGAUUUAGACUGUAGUUAGAAAACAGCAAAUGUACAGCCUUUCGGGCAAAGUCAGUGGGAAUGAGGCCUAUCGAUGAUGGAGUGUGGUAACGUGGCAAUAUUUUUAGUAUUUAUUUUCAUGGAGAAUCAAAUGCUUUCUAACUCCUGGCUCUACUCCCAGUUCCCUGAGACCUCGGGGAGGGCACCUCCUGCUCUGGACCUGUUUCUUCAUCUGGAGGAGGGUCCUACCAGUGUUGACAGUCUAUUGUAUAUAAAAAAACAAACCAGGGUCCUCGGGUUUCUCUUCACCGGGGCAGUGGCUCUCUGUGGGGGAGGAAAAGCUCAAGGUCAACCGUCUUAAGUGACACCAGUUCUAUAAAAAAGAAUCGAGUCCAAUCAGCUGUUAGACUGGACUUUGGUGGGUGGCCGACUGAAGCACUGGCCAGUGAGGCCAACCUGAACGUGAGGGCUUCACUGUGGUUCCAAACAUUCAUGAUGGCGGUGUGUUCUUACCCCUAACUUGAGGAAAAGGAGACUUUUAUUCCAAAGUCUAGAAAUGGGCCUUCGGCACGAAGCUGAAGUUUUGGGGGCCCCUUCUACCUCUCUCAGGGCCAGGACUGCCUGCCUGGCCCUUCAGGGUCCUGCUGCCGGCCCCACCCGGACAGAGGCUCGAGAAAGAGGGUCCGGGAGCCGGAAGCUAUCGCAUCAUCCCCAACCUAACCUGGAAGUAGAGUCUAGAUGCUCAGCCAGGUGGAAACCCUGGCACACGGAGCCGCAGACUCCAGCUGAGCGGAGCUUGAGCAGCCUUUGCAAGGUUGUCUGUCUUCUGUCGCCUUCCCCACUUCUGCUCGGUUUACUUACGGGCUGGCGAGAGGUUAGGUGGGAAAGAACAGAGGCAAGCCGAAGAAACUGGCGGCGGGGGAGGACUUCCGUGGUGGAAACUGCCUGGGAGACAGGAGCCGCCUCAUUCACCCACCUGGAUGUGCCCCUUAAUAACCUCACCUUGCUGCCUAAGGACCUCAAAGAGCCCUGGCUGGGCGGGGGCACUGCUGACAAGCUCUCUUGCUCUGUGGGAGGAACUGGAGAAUGCAGGGGUAUAGGACUGCCCUGUGGGGCACUUCCUUAAUCAAAGGCCUUCUUCUCACAGGUUCCAUUCUGUAGGGAUUUAUUAGGAUAUAAAUUGGUGCUGCAGUGCAAGUCUGCCGAUGGCCAGACUGCACAGGGAGGACUGAGAGCAGAUGCUCCGAGUCCUGCUACACAAAUGUCAGGUCGUAUCAGCUGUCGCUUUUGUGAAGACAGAUGUCAGGGUGCUUUAAUUCCACGCAGGGACCCAGGUUCCCAUCCUGCGCUCAGCUAGAAUCUGAAGCCAAGGGCCCAAGCUAAGUGAUUAUGUCCCUUUUCCACAGGAAUAUAAAUCUGACCCCGAUC